AUGCUUUUCAAGGAUUUUGUGUACUUGGUGUUCGUUGCAGCGCAUCUGAUGUUGAAGAUGACAGACGCUGGAUUGCGAGAGAUCUUAGGCUUGUUAAUCUUCCUCGCGGUGUCUAGCAUUCUCUUCAUAUUGGUUAGACUAGUUAUUGCCGCCUUAUGGAGACAGCACUUGAUUGUGCACAACCCUCAUGUGAGACCAGAUUUCCUAGGCAGGCCUCUUUUGUUUCCAGCCAAGCUGUCUCAUGCACGCAGGUUUCCUGCAACUGAACGAUACAACUACUGGUAUGACUAUUUCAUGAUAGGUAUUCCAGUGGGAUUUCGCGGUCGAAUUGGAAAUCUCAUCUCUAUUGACAAUCAGCCCACGUCGGAGAGCUUUCUGGAGAAAUGCUGGUUUACCAUCGACCCGGCUUACUAUCUUGAACCUGGGAGCGGUGACCGAACGCUUGAAGAGAAGUUGCAUAUCUUCCUGCAUAAUCUAGGCGAGAACCCUCAGGAAUUCCCAUACGCUUACAUGAUCAGCGUCCCGCGAUUUUUAUGGUGGCAGAAAAGUGCAAUCAGUUACUGGUACCUCUAUUCACCAACGCGCGAGUUAACUGCAAUGAUUAUGGAGAUCAACAACUCUUUUUACGAGAAGAGGAACAUUUUUUUCCGCUUGACUGAAGACGGCAUGCCUGUUGAUGAGACGCCACAUCCUCCAUCGACGAUUAUAGCUUCGGCCAAGGGGACCGGCGAGUCGGUAUCUCUCUGCUCUCUCUCCCCUGCUUCGAAGAGAAAAUACUACAAAGGGUAUUGGGAUAAAGUAAUCUUUGGUUCUCCUUUCGAAAAGGUUGGAGGAUACAUGCUUGCAAAGACUGUGGACAUUCUCAGAGGGCCAUACCUCCAGUCCACCUUGAGCUCCAACAACCCAGAUGGGCAGGUGAAAGUCACAAGUCGUCUCGCAUCUUGGGGUGCUCCCGUCGACCCCUUGGAGGCCAGUGGUUGGGAUAUUGCUCGUUUCAUUGCUCGUUGGACGCAUGUUGGAGCGUUAUCUGCGCCUCGCAUUGUCAAAGAAGCUUUGCGGGUCCGCUUUCGUGGCAAUCUGAAAUAUCUACAGAGACCUGAGGUCCACCCUGGGACGAAUCCACGAAAGGAAACCGAUGUUGAGAGAUCUUUGGAAUUAUUCUUUCGAGAAUACCUUUCUCAACUCGCAGCUCAUUGUAGAUUCCCAUUGUGCAUUGAGUACAUCCCCCAAAGAUCGAUAAACUUCGAUCGCCUUACGUUCAACUCUCCUAUUCCUCCCACAUCCCACCCUAGACCCGUCCUGAAAAUCGAGACCUUGACUCCACGGUUCUAUACCUCAUUUACAGAUUACCCAGACGCCAAAACCGCCUUUGAUAGAGAAAUAGCAGUGCGUCCCACAAGCUCGGACCCAAAUUCCCGCUACCUCAGCGUAUCCGAUCGCUCCCUCCUGGAGAAACUUCUUGCUUCUUCAGGCUCCUCCAUAGCGGCGAGCUUUAAUAAAGCCAGCAAGCCCAUAUCAACCCACCAUACAGACAAAGAUGGGAUAGCAACAGUGCUUCUCAGGUUCAUUAUCUCGAAACUGCGCAGCUCUCAUCAGGAAACACUCAUCGAUCGAUUCGUCUUUCACGAUCAUGGUCGGUUUUCACCCUCCCAGCAAUGGACUUACCUGGUUAGUGUUCUGCAUUAUCAAUUGUCGCUUCGCCUUCCCAUCGAGUCCCAAGCCAUUGUAAUGCUGGGUUACAUCUCUGCCCGUGCAAUAAUAGUUGACGGUCUAUUGCAUGCUUUCUACACUCUCUGGGCGCGGGAAGGCCUCGCAAACUGGGUUCGUGAUGAGGCGCGCAUGACUCCUUCUACGGGCGCUUUGGCUUUUGCGGGUUGGGACAUGCUCAACAACUAUAUCGGGCAUUAUUACACCAAUCCAUUCGCAUGGGGGGAGGGUUUGUAA